AUGACCAACACCUGCAUUACCAGCUCAAGCAGUACCUCCAAGCGAAAUCUUCGGAGAACGAAUGCUAUCCGCAAGAGGCUAAAAGAGUUGGCCAAAAAGGGACCUGUCCACGACUCGUUCGAUAUCGCUGCGCUGCAUCUACAACUUUGUGACGGCGUAAUGCGAGUCGGCGGCCGGCUCUCUAAGGCAUCGAUAUCGUCCGAUCGCAAGCAUCCCUAUAUUCUACACCACAAGCACUCUCUCGUAACGAUGAUCGUACGACACUUCCACUACAAGCUCUUUCACGCCGGUCAGCAGCUGCUGAUUUCGGCGGUCCGCGGAAAGUUCUGGCCUCAAGCCAAGGUUUUGGACCAAUUGAUGGCUGAUCUUCCGUCAGCGAGAGUCAACCCCGCACCCCCCGCACCACCGUUCAUGAACGUCGGCGUGGACUACUGCGGUCCAUUCCAAGUCAACUACCCCAAUCGUCGAGCGAGUCCAGUGAAGUGCUACGUAGCGAUUUUUGUCUGCCUAGUAGUGAAGGCCGUCUAUCUGGAGCUGGUGAUAGACCUAACCACCCAAGCGUUCCUAGCAGCGCUGAAACGGUUCACAGCUCGUCGGGGCAAGCCCCAAUUGAUGAUGUGCGACAAUGCAACGACCUUCGUCGGAGCGAAACGAGAGCUAACCGAGCUACACCGCCUUUUCCACGACCAGAAGUUUCAGGAUAGACUCAUCAAAGACACCAGUUCCGAUGGAAUCGAGUUUCGGUUCAUCCCUCCCCGGACACCCAACUUCGGGGGCCUAUGGGAAGCCCAAGUACUGAAGGCCGACGAAACGUUGACUGCACUGGCGCAGAUCGAAGCGGUCCUCAAUUCACGUCCGCUAACCCCAAUCAGCAGUGAUCCCAGUGAUUUCGAGGCUUUAACUCCAGGGCACUUCCUGGUUCAGCGACCACUAACUGCCAUCCCGGAACCUGAUUUGCAGGAUCUUCCCACCAAUCGCCUGUCGAAGUGGGAGACUGCUCAGCAGGUGUCACAGCAGGUCUGGAGCAGGUGGUCCACACAAUACAUCUCGGAUCUCCACAACCGCACCAAGUGGACCAAACAGCGGAACAAUAUUCGUAUCGGCACGAUGGUCCUACUCAAGGACGAGAAUGCCCCUCCUCUGAAUUGGCACUUAGGCAGGGUCGUCAAGGUCUUCGAAGGGUCGGACGGCAACAUUCGUGUCGUCACGGUCCGCACUAAAGACGGAUGCUUCGAUCGAGGAAUAUCGAAAGUCUGUCCUCUUCCUAUCCGAGACAACGAAGAGAGCCCUCAACUCUCACCCGCAUAA